UGCUACGCAAGUACAGAACUUUAAAGAAAAGGUAUUAUGAAAAAUCGUGAUAUUCUGUUGCAUCAUAUUGUAUUUUUACAUUUUACAGGAUUUAUAAAUAUGGCAGUUUGUGUAGCUGUAAUUGGAAAAGAUAAUUCUCCAAAAUACAUUAGGUGUGUAGACGAAUCAUCAGCUUUGCAAUUUCAUUGCAAGGUUCAUACAUCAAUUGACAUAAUAGAAGAAAAGUUAAAUGUUGGAAAUAAAGCUGCUACUGAUAUACGAGAUUUGUAUUUAAACUUAUUAUAUGCUACUGAAGAAUACAAAAUAUAUGGUUAUGCCACAAAUACAAAAAUCAAGUUUAUUAUUGUGCUACAUUCAUCAAACGUAUCUCUGAGAGAUAAUGAUGUGAAAAUGAUAUUUAAGAAAUUACAUGCAGCUUAUUCUAAUGCUGUUUGCAAUCCAUUUUACAUUCCAGGUGAUCAGUUAAAUUCCAGGUCUUUUGAUUUAGCAGUAAUGGAAAUAAUGGGUAUUAUAUCACCUUUUCAAUAAAUUACAGUUAAAUUGAUAGUUUCAAAUCUUAAGGAAGCUAUGAAUGAUAAACCCUAUAAUUCCUCAAAUAUUAUAUUUAUAAAAUAUCAUAUUUCUAUAAAUUAUAGCUAUGUUAUACUAAUUUCUUUAAUUGAUUACAUUUAGAUAUUAUUAUCGUAAUCGAAUACGAAUGCGAAUGUAUUUAGAACAAUGGUAAUAUAAUUUCAUUUUAAAUAAAUAACAGAACUGUG